AUGAUGGAGGAUAAGGAAUCAGAGAAAGAGAAACUCCUACCAGCUGGUGAACUUCCAAGAGCAUCAUCUACCAGAUUCCAGGUAUCACGGCUGCCUCGAUCAGAUGGAGAAGAUGAGUCUGGAACCGAAGUACCAGAUUGUAAGGAAGACAUGAAGAGGAAUUACAGUUCCACUGGGAGAUUUAUGGUGACUUGCGAAAAUGAGACUGGUUCAAAUCCUUCUCUCCAUCAAAAAAGUGAAAGUCCUGAUUGUGAUGAUGACGAAUUAGAUGAACUUGGAUCCAAACCUACACUUAUCAAGUCUAAGGGGGUACACUUCUCUGUGGGUGAUAAUGAAGGAAAGAGAGAGUCGUCAGAGAAUCACACUACACUCAACAUGAAAAGUUGGAGAAAUAUGAAAACAAUUGAGCAUCCACCAAUUAUGGACUUCUAUCGUAACUCAGUAGAUGUGGAGUUUACUAGUUCUCGACCAUCUAUGGCUCAACUCAUUCAUGGAGAGAAACAUGCUACAGAAGACAUGGCAUUUGAAGACUUCAAGAUCCAUAAUUCUGAGUUAGUUGAAGGACACUCAUCUGUUGAGCUGAGGAGCAAAGUGGAAAAAUUCAACCCACCUACUCAACAGGCUAGGUCAAAAUUCGGUUGGGUGGAAGGUGUUUUUGUUCGAUGUCUUCUUAAUAUAUUCGGUGUCAUGCUUUACUUACGUAUUAGUUGGGUCGCUGGCCAAGCCGGAAUUGGACUUGGUUGCGCCAUAGUUUUACUUGCAUCAUUUGUAACUUUCAUAACUGCUGUUUCAACAUGUGCCAUAUGUACUAAUGGAGAUGUCAAAGGUGGAGGUGCAUACUUUCUGAUAUCCAGGUCUCUUGGACCGGAGUUCGGUGGUUCUAUCGGCCUCAUUUUUUCUGUAGCAAAUGCAGUAGGUGCUGCUAUGUAUGUGGUUGGUUUCGCUGAAACAGUCAGGGACUUGCUCAAAGAAAAUGAUAUGAGUAUUAUUGAUGGUGACAUAUGGGAUGUUCGUAUCAUAGGAUUCGCUUCUUGUAUCCUUCUUGUUGCUAUCGUCUUUAUUGGAACCUCCUUUGAAUCAAAGAUGCAAUUAGGCUUAUUAGUAAUUUUACUUUUGUCUAUCGUCGACUACGUGAUAGGAUCAUUCUUCACUCCAACUGAUGAAAUGAUGAGGCGUGGAGCAACUGGCUAUAGCCUUGAUACCUUCAAAGAGAAUUUUCUACCGAGCUUCCGAAAUGAAGACUUCUUCUCCGUUUUCUCUGUGUACUUCCCUGCUGCUACUGGAAUCAUGGCAGGCGCUAACAUUAGUGGAGAUUUGGCAGAUCCUCAAAAAGCAAUUCCUAUUGGAACUUUACUAGCCAUUGCGAGUACUACUGUUAUUUAUCUCUUCAUUGUUGUUAUGACAGGAAGUACUAACGUCAGAGAUUCAGAUGGUUUAUCUUAUCCAAUGUGGAAUGGAUCAUCUUUCCUACCACCUGACUGUGUUGCUAACGAUACUUGCGGCUAUGGUUUAAUGAAUUAUUUCCAAGUUGUUGAAAUGGAAUCAGCUUGGGGCCCUCUUAUAACCGCCGGUAUUUUCGCAGCCACUCUCAGUUCAGCUUUAGCUAGUUUGGUGAGCGCUCCCAAAGUGUUCCAGGCUGUCUGCAAAGACAGAUUGUUCCCUAAGAUUGGUUAUUUUGCAAAGUCGUAUGGUGCGGAUGAAGAACCUAGAAGAGCUUACAUUUUGUCGUUCAUUAUCGCGUUCUCUAUGGUCGGAAUUGGAGAUUUGAAUGCUAUAGCUCCAAUCAUUUCAAACUUCUUCUUAGCCUCUUACACUCUUAUUAACUAUGCCUGUUUCGAUCAGUCUUUUGCUGAUUCACCUGGUUUCCGUCCUAGCUUUAAGUAUUACAAUAUGUGGGUCUCACUCUUUGGAUCUAUCUUAUGCAUAAUAGUGAUGUUUGUCAUUAGUUGGGUUACUGCACUCAUCACAUUCCUUUGCUUCGCCGCUAUAUUCUUGUAUUUACUUCAUAGGAAACCUGAAGUCAAUUGGGGUUCCUCGACACAAGCUCAUAGUUAUAAGACAGCUCUCGCCGGAAUGAUCAAACUAGCUAACACUGAGGAACAUAUCAAAAACUUUAGGCCACAAUUUCUUGUUUUAACGGGUAACCCAGCUGCUCGUCCUUCUCUCGUCGAUUUCGUUUAUAACAUCACGAAAGGAACCUCAUUGAUGGUUUGUGGAUACGUGGUUCCGUAUCAUCCUUCGGACCGCGUUUUUUCUGUAAUUAAGAAGCUAGACUUACAACUCAACGAAUGGCUCAAGAAAAGAAAAGUGAAAUCAUUCUACACAUCCAUAGCCAAUGCCAGUCUUAGAGCUGGAGCUCAAUCCUUGUUAUCAGUUGUUGGUCUGGGUCGUUUGAAACCAAAUAUAGUCUUCAUCGGAUUCAAAUGUAACUGGUAUAUGGGAGGUCCAACAGAAGACAGACUUCAUGAACUCACAGAAUAUUUCGGAACCAUUCAAGAUGCUUUCGACAAUGGUUUGGGAGUUUGUGUUCUUAGGAAUGGAGACAUGGGUCUUGAUUUCUCUGAAGCCAUGAAAAUGUUGAAUGUCGGCGAGUCUAGUAGAUUCAAACUGCCUGAAGUGAACCGAGUAGAAGACAAGUGUGAGGAAAAAGCACAAGAAGAAGAUAAGAACGGUAACAAUGAGAAAUCGAACGGCCAAAUUCUAACUAUCAAUGAGACGGAAGGAAGUUCGACAUUACAACAUAAAGAUAGCGCUAGAAGUAUGGAACAGUUUGCUCGUAUGAGUAACCAUUAUAUAGAGGCGUCCAAUUCUCUGACUGACAACUUUCCAUUCGAAGAAGAUGAAGAGAACCACGAGAAUGAAGGUGAAGAAGAAGAAGAAGCUGUUCCAACUGAGGGUGAGGAUCUGGAAUCCGGACAGCCUAAUGUCAGCGAUGACAUCAAGAAGCAGCACACCUUCUCUCUUCGACGACGAAAGUUUUUUGAAAAAGUCAAACGAAUUUCUCAGGACACAAACUCGCGAAGACCAACCAUGGAACAGAAGGCUCUUCUCGCUUCGAUCUGUCGAUUCCAAAGAAAAGUUGUCAAAAAUGGAACCAUUGAUGUUUGGUGGUUGUAUGAUGAUGGAGGUCUCACUUUACUCAUACCUCACUUGCUCACUAUUCCGAAGAGUUAUCUUGAGGGUUCAAAACUGCGAGUUUUCACUAUAUCUACUAGUUCUCGAACAAUGGAGCAAGAACAGAGGGGAAUGGCAGCACUUCUAUCAAAGUUCCGUAUUGACUUCAGUGAUGUUUCCGUCAUAGCUGAUAUUGGCAAGAAACCCAUGUCUGACACUAUGGAACGAUGGGAGAAGUUAAUAGCUCCCUGGGUUGCCCCUGAUGGAGAGUGUCCGAACGGUAUGACAUCGAAGAGUGAAUUGGACGCCCAGAAAGAGAAGACUUGGAGGCAGCUAAGAGCGGCUGAGUUGUUGAAGAAACAUUCGAGCAAUGCCGAUUUGAUAGUGAUGACUUUGCCGGUCCCUAGAAAGGGACUUGUUAGCGCAGCGCUUUACAUGUCAUGGCUCGACAUAAUGACUCGCGGCUUACCUCCAACUCUGUUCGUACGUGGUAAUCAGACCUCAGUUCUCACAUUUUAUUCUUAA